GUUUCACCAUGUUGACAGGCUGGUCUCCAACUCCUGACCUCAAAUAAUCCUCCUGCCAUGGCCUCCCAAAGUGUUGAGAUUACAGUCUUGAGCCACUGUGCCUAGCCAAUACUCCUAGUAAUGGUUUGAACAGGGGACGUGAGUUCUUGAGAACAGUGACCACAGUGGUGCAUUUUUCCCCCUGCACAUAACGUACAGCACUCUGCCAUAGUGCCAAGCACUUUAUGCUCCUAAAAUUUCUGUUGCAUUGUUGUUUGAAUGAAUAAAUGCGUCUUUUAAAAGUGAUUGCAGAAGUUGCAGCAUUAAGAAAUAAAGAGGGGGGACUAGUAAAAAUGCAUUUUGAUAGAGAUGGUGAGAAAGGCUGGCUUUAAAAGACACAUGGGACUUUUACUAGACAGGCGCUUUGACCAGCUAAGCAACAGGGGUCGCCUCGUGUGUGCUUUUAGAAUGUAGCAAUCACUGGCACACAGGGAAGGAUUAUUAGAUGAGGUGAGAAGAUGGCAAGCCCUGAUUGGCUGGAAGCAGAUGCAUUCUGGUAGCUGAUUGGUCCCACAGGUAGCGUGAAGCUUGUCACGUCGUCAGGUUCCCAGCAUUCAACCGGAGCCUUCUGUGGAGAGCUCGGAGCCUUCUGUGGAGAGGUCCAAGCCUUCAGCGGAGCCCCAGACGAGCCAAAGCCCACCUUCUCCUUGGCCUGAGCUGUCUUGAAGAUGAGUAAGAGUGAGUUUGGGAGCUAUGGCAGCAUUUCUGCUUACGGUGGAGCGAGUGGAGGCAGUGACCAACCAUCUGAGAGAGGUGCAGCUCCUGCUAUUAAGACCCAAAGACCUAGGGUCCGAAUCCAGGACAUCGUACCGUGUAAUGUGAACCAGCUGCUCAGCUCUGCUGUGUUGGACACUGUGUUCAAGGUUAGGGGAAUUACAGUUUCCCAGGUCUCCAUCGUGGGGGUAAUCAGAGGGGCAGAGAAGGCUUCAAAUCACAUUUGUUACAAAAUUGAUGAUAUGACCGCGAAGCCAAUCGAGGCCCGACAGUGGUUUGGUAGAGAGAAAGUCAAGCAGCUGACUCCACUGUCAGUCGGACUGUAUGUCAAAGUGUUUGGUAUCCUCAAAUGUCCAGCGGGAACGAAGAUCCUUGAAGUAUUGAAAAUUCAUGUCCUCGAGGACAUGAAUGAAUUCACCGUGCAUAUUCUGGAAUCGGUCAAUGCACACAUGAUGCUGGAUAAAGCCUGUGGUGAUACCGCUGUAGAAAGUGUGCCUGUGUCUGCGUCAGAAGUGGAUGAUGCUGGGGAUGAUGAUGAGAGUCGCCGCAAUUUCAUCCGGUGCGAAGUGCUGCGUUUGAUUCACGAGUGCCCUAGUCUGGAAGGGAGGAGCAUCCAUGAGCUCCAGGCUCAGCUCUGCGACCUUAGCAUCCAGGCCAUCAAGGAAGUGAUUGAUUAUCUGACCCUCGAGGGCCACAUCUAUCCCACUGUGGAUUGGGAGCAUUUUAAGUCUGCUGAUUGAGGCAGGGAAACCAUCCUUUUAUUUUCUGAAGACCCUUGCAUCCAGCUGUGAGUAAUUUUGACCUGUUGACUUUUUAGGAAGAAAAAAAAAAACAAAAAAAAAAACUGGCAUUCUUCAGGAACUUGCUGCUUUUCCAACUGCUUUGAACUUUUCUUUUUUUCUAGCUAUAUUUGAAGCUCAGAGAGAGAUGGUGAUGGAUAAAAUGACUGAACUCUUUGUAGGAUUUACUAGGAAGCUAAUGGAAACAUGGUGAUUUUGGGAGAAGAAAAAGUACAGAAAAUGUUGAAAUUUAUUAUUUAAUUGUGUUCGAGCUUCUUUUUCCAAAAUAUCUAUGUACUGGGAAAAAAUAGUUGCAGUCAGGGAGCCAGCUAAGAGACAAAAAAAAAAAAAAAAAAAGUAUUGCUUGUUUUUAUGUUAGACUUAUUUUCCAUGUUUAGAUUUAGCUUAUUAUAGUGAUAUUGUUAUCUCUUGCUCAAUAUAAUAUUUAGUAUUUGAUUAAUUCAAAUGAGCUAAAGAUACUAAUUUGUGAAUUCUAAUGCUCAGUUUAUUGUGUGAUUUGCUGUUUUUACUAUGAAUUUAUGUUUUCUUAAAAUAAGAUUAUACUGUGUUUAAAUAAGUCAUUUUCGCCAGGUUAUCUUUGAAUAUAGUUUUUUAAUGUGGGUAAGUUUAAUGAUUAUUUCAAAUAUGAUGUGGUAUUUGAUGAAAUUACAGUUUCUGGUAGUUGUAUGGUAAAUGGAUGCCAGAGUUUCUGUAAGUUUGAUGUGCUGGUAUGCUAUGUAUUUUACUAAAUGCUCCGUUUUAUGUAUAACAGGGUAUUUUUUAGGAGGUUAGGGAAACAAGUCAUAGGAAUAUGAAACUUACUGAGUUUGACACAGCCUUAUUCGAAUGUUUUAUUAAAUAGUUUUACAAAAUCUUAACUUUCCUUUGUGAUUUUUUUCUAAGUAUAUUUGAAAAAGCCUUUUUGUUUUAUAUCCUUGAGGAUAGUUUUAAUUGUCCAGAAUUUUUUCUUUUCUAUAUAUUAUACCAAGAACAUAUGCUAUAACCUAGCUCUAAUAAUACAUUUUAGUGUAGAUUAUAUAAAUUAUGUGAGACCUUUAAAUAAAAUUGACCAUUAAUGAAAACCCUCAGUUACAUAUACACCAAAGAUGGUAUCUUUCAAGAUGCUGAACCUUUUACAUUAGAGGAAAGAAAAAAUAUAUACUUUUGAAUUAAUAUAUUUUAUAUAAUAUAUAUAUUCAUAUAUCAUAUAUAUUUAGACAGAAGGGAAGAACAUUAUUUAAUUGAACAUGAAAACUGCAAAAAAAAUCUCUUAAAUGGAGCUUUGCUAGUAAUCCAUACUUUCAGGAAAACUCAGAAAAUGGCUUCUGUCAGUGGCCAUUAGAAAAACUUACCAUCAAUUCUUGCUUAAGCUUUAUGAUGCUUUCUGUACACUUGAAUUUAAGGCAGAAGACCAACCUCUCCCCCAUCCUCUGAGGGGAAAUAUCCUCUAUCUGUGUUCCUUGGGGUUCUUUUAGGUUUUUAAAAUUACUCCCCCCAACCCUUAUUCUUCUGAAUAGAAUCAUGUGCUUUAGUGGAUUCUGCAGCAGGUAAGAGAUAGCAGUGGAAAAAUAGUAAGCAGGUCUAGAUAUAAUGUCAGUGGAAAUCAAACAUUUUUAGGCACAACACAAACAUUGGAUUGUUUUAUACCUGCAUAUUUAGUCCAGCAGAUUUUUAAAGUUCAUUUUCAAUACCCAUGUGGCAUGCAUACUUUUUCAAUUUUGUUUAGACUGGGAAUGACUUGGCCAAUAUCCCCUUUCUCCGAGGUCCUGCCCUGAUUGUUAGCCACACCUUUUGAGGAUAAUAUGCAAGUCGUGGGGACAUACUGUUGACUAUUUUGGGCAGGGACAUUUAAGCCUGAGGAACCUGAAAAACAUAAUUGAGGUUUUUUCCUAUGGCUCACAGGAAUAUAUGUAUGUAUUUAUAUUGAGGUUGAUUCUAAAUUAACAAUGAAUAAAUAUAUUUGAAAAUGUUUUCAAGGCCAAUAUAAUAAUCUUA